AUGGUCGACUGGGUCGGUCUCCUGAUCCCCCUGGCAUAUCUGUCCAUCCUCAUAGGUUCUCUCGCCACCUUUAGCUCUCUAUAUCGCCGUCGCAAGGCUCAAAAGGCCGCCAAUCUUGCGCCAUGGUUCCCUCCCCACCUGCAACGUAACAUUUACCUGUCGCUUCUACACCUCGACCCUCAGGAUCCCUCGUCCGUCCCCGAAGGCUCCGACAAGUCGUUAAGCCAGAUCCCUGACAGCAUCGUCCGUGCUGCCCUGUUGCGCCGCGCCGUAGAGGACAUCCACCGCAUCAUCCAGAUCCGCAACGCAAAGCCCGCCCUCCAGACACUACUACAGAGAGGCAGUGUGGGGGAUGAGCUAUGGCAGCGCUUCUUGAGAGCUGAGCAAGAGAUUGAGGAAGAGGUCAAGGAUGUCGUUUCUGAGGCCAAUGCUCUCGUACCGAACUGGGGUCAAAUCAUCUUCCAGUCAGCCAACGAAAUCGCCAACAACCAACUGGCCAAGCAACGCAUGGAGGACAUCCAGUCCAAGCUGCCAGAGGAGAAGGCUUGGUGGGACAAGAAGAAGCAAGGAAUCUCGUCGCAAUUCAUGAAGGAGCUCGACGAUGAAGCUGCUGGCAGCAGAAAGGGUUCCGUCACCUCGGCUACCAACAGCAGAAAGGGCUCGGUGGUCUCUAUCACAGGCCAGAAGACCAACAGCGACGAGGACGCUGUCUUGAUCGAAACACCAGGCAGCGCAAAGAAGAAGAAGGGCAAGAAGUAA